AUUUCGGCGGAAGAAAACUAAAGUUUCUUCUUCGAUGCAUUUAAUUUUCCCCUGAUCCAAGGAACUAAUAACCAUAUAAACUUCAUUUAAUUAUUACUAAUUAUCGUUAAUCUUGUUUCCGCGAUCUUCUACAUUUUCUGGUCUGGUUUGCCGAAUCUCUCUCUCUCUGGCUCGCAUGAUGAACGAGGCCAGAUUAUUGUUCUUCUUCGGGUAGAUCCUUCUCGGAGUUUCCGAUUUCUGUGAUUUGGGAUCUGAAUUUGAAGAUUUGUAGCGUUGGUUUGAAUCGAGCAUAGAAUUGGAGUACUUCAGUGGAGAUUUGCAUGCUACAGGCUUAGAUUUUGCUUGGAGUGGUAGUUUUCGUAAUCUGUUCGCAAGAUAAAUCCUUGCACAGAGGCUGGUGCUCUUACCGGUUCUGGUUCUGGGUUUGUAGGAAAGCCAUGACUUUGGCUUCUCCUAGGGUUUCUCUGACAAUGGCUGGUUUUCCAAGGAAAGUGUCCACAAUUGCAAUUGCCAUUGGUGGAUUGGCGUCCUUCUUCAUCCUAGGAUCGUUGCUGCUUUUCUCUUACCCGAUUGGUUCCUCGUUUAGUGGGUAUUUCUAUGGAAUGGAAGCUCCUGGACAUAUGGGAUUUCCUGUCUCUUCAGACAAUCAAACAGUAGAAGGCUUUCGUCAGGGUACCGAGUUUAAGAAUGUCCAUAAGAAUCCAUCGUCCAGUUCUAGCUUAGACUCUGGUGGUGAUUCUAGUAGCAGUAGUAGUGUUAAUGAAAAUGAUGGUGAAGGUGAAAGAAAAGUUUCACGGACCGAGUCACCGCUGGAUCUGGAAAGUGAUAGGAAGCCGGAGACAUCUUUCACGCAAGAAAAGGAUAAUAAGUUGCUCCCGAUCUCAUUGGAUACCACAGUUUCUCCAAAUAUGACUGGCGAGAGUGAUGUCAGAUCAGGCGAAACCAACUUAGUUGGAUUCUCGAAUGUUUCCAUGGAUGGAGAUAUAUUGAGUUCAUCAUCUCUUCCCCAUGAUGACUCUAAAACAGCUUCAGAGGAAACAGAAUGCGAUCUGUAUCGAGGUAGCUGGUUUUACGAUCCCCUUGGACCGCUGUACACGAACAACUCUUGCCCUGUCCUGACACAGAUGCAGAACUGCCAGGGCAAUGGACGACCCGACAAGGAAUACGAGAACUGGAGAUGGAAACCCUCUCAAUGUGAACUUCCACGGUUUGACGCCAAAAAAUUUCUCGAGCUAAUGAGGGGAAAGACACUAGCCUUUAUUGGUGAUUCGGUAGCUCGGAAUCAGAUGGAGUCCAUGAUGUGCCUUCUUUGGCAGGCGGAAACUCCUGUGAACCGUGGCAACAGGAAGAUGCAGAGAUGGUAUUUCAAGUCAUCAAAUGUAAUGAUAGCACGGAUAUGGUCGUCAUGGCUCGUCCACCAGUUCUCCGAGCCGUUUGAUUUCGCUCCAGAAGGCGUCACCAAACUCAAGCUCGAUGUCCCCGACGAGCGCAUAAUGGAAGCCAUCCUGAAAUUCGAUGUGGUCGUCCUUUCCUCGGGCCAUUGGUUCGCGAAACAGUCCGCCUAUAUCUUGAACGAGGAGAUCGUGGGUGGUCAGCUAUGGUGGCCAGAUAAAUCGAAGCCCAUGAAGGUUAACAACGUGGAUGCAUUCGGGAUAUCGGUAGAAACAAUCCUUACUGCCAUGGCUACACACCCGAACUACACCGGUCUAACCAUCGUCCGUACAUUCUCACCCGAUCAUUACGAGGGCGGGGCUUGGAACACAGGUGGGUCAUGCACCGGAAAGGUCGAGCCUUUACCGCUCGGGAAGUUAGUGAAAAACGGGUUCACGGAGGUAAUGCACGAGCAACAAGUGAAAGGGUUCGACCGAGCAGUGAAGAAGCAGACCAACGGGUCGAAGCUGAGGCUGAUGGAUAUAACGGAAGUUUUCGGCUACCGACACGACGGGCAUCCUGGUCCAUACAGGAGCCCCGACCCGAACAAGAUCACGAAACGGGGACCUGACGGACGGCCUCCGCCGCAGGACUGCUUGCACUGGUGUAUGCCUGGGCCAGUCGACACGUGGAACGAGAUCGUGUUGGAGCUCAUAAGGCGAUCUUCCUCUUGACAUGGCCUGAAUGAAUGAAUGUUCCGACAAGGAAUGAAGAUGUUGAGGGAGUAAGUUAUACCGUAUAACUUAUACGUACCACGGAAUUUAGUAGUUUGGAUCUGAUUCUUGAAUGAUAAAGGAAAUACACUUUUGUAGAUGAGAUUC